AUGCCCCAUCCACCACCCCCAAACCCAUACACCCCUUUCCAAAACCACCUCCUCCACUUCAGCACCCCUCCCCCCUCCCCCCGCCUAACCCUCCCCUCCACCCUCCGCGCCUCCCUCACCCUCGGCCUCAACCUCCCCCUCUCCCUCCUCCUCUCCCUCGCCCUCCGCAUCCUCUACACCCCCCUUCCCAACUUCUGGACACCCAUCCACAUCCAACACAUCCCGCCCUCCUCGCACAGAACGCAACUCUCGCACGCCGCAUUACCGCGCGGAAAACCCGGUUUUAGCUGCGCGGAGUUACUCGCGCUGCUGGAUGGGGAGGAGGGGGCUGGGGAGCGCACGAGCUGGGUGGUGCGGAAAAUCAAUCAGAUGCAUGUCCUUGGGUUUUGGAGUAUGGCGGCGGAUGCGCAUACGCAUGUUGUGGCUAGGGGGGAUGUCGAGGCGUUUCAGAGGGGGGAUUGGGAGGCGGCUGUUGUGCGGCGGAGGAGGGGGAGGGCUGAUGUGUUGCCGUUUUGGAGAGGGGGGCCAGUUUGGGUUGCGGGGCAUAGUUGGGCGGUGGGGAGGUUGUUGGGGGUUAGGGUGUAUGACAGUGAGGGUAAGGAGGGAGUAGAGAGGAGGGAGUAG